UCAGGUUGUUGGGGGAGGCGGAGUGAUUGCGAGUUUCAUCUCUCGGGAUAUUUCACUGGCAAGCAGGCCUUGAACAGUGUCAGAGCUGUAACCUGUCUUUCUUAUGUCGUUCAACUAAUCUCCUCUUACUAAUAGUACUGCUGUUAUGUUACCAUGGAUCCAUUUUCCAUCACCGUCGGCUGCAUCUCCCUACUCGAUGCAGCGUCUCACGCCAUCGUCCAAAUCAAAAAUCUCACGAAGUCUUUUCUUGAUGCCCCCUCAGAAAUGACCGUUAUUAGUGGGCACUUGAAACAAUUAACGAGGAUACUAGAGCCCUGGCGAGGCAGCAGCUGCCGGCUCGAACCUAAUGCCACUCUAAGCUAUGACUACUAUGAAGCAAACGAAAAGGACAACCAUAUCAAGGACGAGAUCAACUGCUGUUUGGAAGUCCUGGAGGAAUUAGGCAGUCUGCUUGACCGCUGCCGUGAUUCUCGGAUCAAGUGGGCAGUGAAACGAAAGGCAGAAGCACAGAGGAUCGAAAAACUCUUGAAGGAUCACAUAAAGCAAUUAACGUUGGCCCUCAACCUUGACGUCUCGGUUGUAGCCAGAGACAUCAAGAUGGAUACAGACAUGAUUUUGGACAGCCAGAUUCGUAUAGAAGCUCGACUGGAUCGCCUCACGUACGAAGUCUCGCGGCUCCAUGGGUCGCAGUCGGCCGGGGAAUUGUCGUUAGAAUGUACCGAAAGCCUUCAAUGGAGGGACAGCCCAGAACCUGGAAGUCCCAGUACAGGAACUUCGGUCCCGGCUACUGAAUCUGUCCAAGACUCCAUAUACGGCGAAACUUGGACUGCUUCGGAGUCAAGUCCUAUUACAGACAGUUCGACGGUUAUACAAGCCCAGGAAGCGCAAUCUUUACCGUUUCCUGACGAGACGAUAUCGAAUGAGAAGUCAAUGUUUUCGACGUUCUGGUGCAGCUGGCCUUCUUUUCAGUACAACAAUCCGUGGUGUCUGCCCCAGACAUCGAUAAAGGAGGCGAGCUGCGAAACCUUCACUUCCUGGCUUCAGCCCUCUGCUGUCGGUGAUGGAGUCUUCGCGCCGUCGCCUUCUCUAUCGAGUCCAAUUCGAAGUCAACAGAAAGCUGAUUCAGCGAGCCAGAUUAUUAGAGAGCAAUUCAAGUGCAGGACUUGGGCGUUGGCAGGGAAGUCGUCUGUUGGUAGUAAACCACCGGCGGUUCGGCUCGACGAGAAUAGGAAGAACACAACCCAAAUCGCGGAGAGUUCCAAACAGAGACUCAGACUCAAAGCAUCCAUGGCUUCUCAGGGGUAGUGGGCAUAAGGUAGUGGGCUAAGUAGUAACUUAGGUAGUACUUAUUAUGGUUUGAUAUUCGGUGAUCGUUACCACUGCAAGCUUAGAAGAUUGCGUUCGAAAGAUGCAAGAAGCGGAUUCUGCCUCCGAACUGCAGAGAGGCCAGCAGGUUGGUCAACGUCUGAGGAAUCUUAGAGAGCGGGCAAGUGAUUCUUUCCAUCUCACGCCAUCUAGACUCCGUUAUCGGAUGCGCUUGUCUCCAUCGACUAGCCC